AUGAGCAGUCCGAGCAACUCCCCUGCCAGAGCGGCGCCCGCGCCCCAGUCCACGCCGGAACCCUCGCCGGUCCCCGCGCCCUCGCCCGUGGCCGCCGGCAAGAUGCACUUGGUGUACCCGGAGGUGAAUCCCAACCCGCUGCUGCACUCGAACUUCUGCUCCCGCCUGUUUCUCUGGUGGCUUAAUCCCUUUUUCCUGUUUGGUCACAAAUGGAGAUUGAAAGAAAAUGAAAUACACUCAGUGCUUCCAAAAGAUUGUUCCCAGCACGUUGGAGAAGAGCUGCAAGGGUACUGGAAGCAAGAAGUUGACAGAGCUGAGACAAAUGGACAGAAGCCUUCUUUAAAGAAAGCAAUCAUAAAGUGUUACUGGAAAUCCUAUUUGUUAUCUGCAAUUUUUGUAUUUUCUGAGGAAUGCACCAGAGUAGUUCUGCCCUUACUUUUGGGGAAAAUAAUUAGUUACUUUGAAGACCCCAAAGUUUCUGAUGCUUCGUAUGAAGCCUACAUCUGUGCUGCAGUGCUGAGCGCCUGUGUGCUCCUGUGGGCCAUUCUGCACCACUUGUGCUUCGAUUAUUUUCAGCGUGUUGGGAUGAGGCUUAGAGUGGCUAUGUCCCAUAUGAUCUACCGCAAGGCACUUCGCCUGAGUAACUUGGCCAUGAGGAAGACCACCACAGGUCAGAUAGUCAACCUGCUGUCCAACGAUGUGAAAAGAUUCGAUCAGGUAAUGAUGUUUUUGCACUACCUGUGGGUGGGGCCGCUACAGGCUAUUGCAGUCACAGGCCUGCUCUGUAUGGAAAUAGGAAUAUCAUGUCUUGUUGGGAUGGCAGUUCUCAUUAUCCUUCUGCUGGUGCAAAGCUGCUUUGGGAAAUUGUUUUCAUCACUCCGGAGUAAGACCGCAGCUCUCACAGACGACAGGAUCAGGACCAUGAGUGAAGUCAUAACUGGCAUCAGAACAAUAAAAACGUAUGCUUGGGAAAAGUCAUUUAUAGACCUUAUUACCAGAUUGAGAAGGAAUGAAAUUUCCAAGAUUCUGAAAAGUUCCUACCUUAGAGGAAUGAAUUUGGCAAUUUUUUUUGCUGCCAGCAAAAUCAUGAUUUUUAUCACCUUCAUCAUCGCUAUUGUCCUUGACAACCGGAUCACAGCCAGCCAAGUGUUUCUGGUGGUGAUGCUGUUUGAGACUGUGAGGUUUACAGGCACCCUCUACUUCCCCAUGGCCAUCGAGAAGGUGUCAGAGACCGUUGUCAGCAUCAAAAGAAUCAAGGACUUUCUGUUACUCAAAGACAUACCACCGCAUGACCAUCAGCUGCUGCCAUCAGAUGGUGAAACAAUUGUGGACGUGCAAGAUUUAACUGCUUUUUGGGAUGAGGAAUCAGGAACCCCAGUCCUACGAGGCCUUUCCUUUACUGUCAGGCCCGGUGAACUGUUAGCUGUGGUCGGACCUGUGGGCGCAGGAAAGUCAUCGCUGUUAAGCACUUUGCUGGGGGAGCUACCCUUGAUCCAGGGGAAUGUCAACAUCCACGGGAGGAUCGCAUAUGUUUCUCAGCAGCCCUGGGUAUUUCCAGGAACUGUGAGGAGUAACAUUUUAUUUGGGAAGAAAUAUGAAGAAGACCGAUAUAAAGAAGUAAUAAAGGCGUGUGCUUUGGAAAAGAAUUUGCAGAAUUUGAAGGAAGGAGAUCAAACUGUGAUAGGAGAUGGAGGAACCCCGCUGAGUGAAGGACAGAAAGCCCGGGUCAGCCUCGCCAGAGCCAUGUAUCAGGACGCAGACAUCUACCUCCUGGAUGAUCCGCUCAGCGCAGUGGACGUAGAAGUCAGUAGGCACUUGUUCGAACAGUGUAUUUGCCAAGCUUUGAAAGAUAAGAUCACAAUUUUAGUGACUCAUCAGUUGCAGUACCUAAAAGCUGCAAGUAACACUCUGAUAUUGGAAAAUGGUGAAAUGGGGCAAAAGGGGCCUUACACUGAGUUCCUAAAAUCCAGAAUAGAUUCUGGUUUCCUUUCAAAGAAGAAGACUGAGGAGUCUGGACCAUCUUCCAAGUCUCCAGACCAGCCUCAAGAGUCUUCCACACCCUCAGUGAAAGAUGUGGCCCCAGAGGACCACGAUACUGAGGAUAUACUGGUUAAACUACCCCUAGAGGACCAUUCAAAGGGACAAGUUGGUUGUGAGACCUACAAGAAUUACUUCACAGCCGGUGCUCACUGGUUUAUCAUCAUUUUCCUCAUUCUAGUGAACAUCGCAGCUCAGGUCGCCUACGCCCUGCAGGACUGGUGGCUUCAAGACUGGGCGGAUGAACAUAACGUCAAUGUUAAUAGACAACGAAAUGAAACGAUGAUUGAUCUCAACUGGUACUUAGUAGUUUAUUCUGGUUUAAAUGUAUUUACCAUCCUUUUUGGCAUCACAAGAUCUCUGUUGUUAUUCCACAUCCUUGUUAAUUCUUCACAAACUUUGCACAGCAAAAUGGUAGAGUCCAUUUUGAGAUCUCUGGUAUUAUUCUUCGAUAGAAACUCAAUAGGAAGAAUUUUAAAUCGUUUCUGCAAAGACAUCGGGCGUAUGGAUGACUUACUGCCCCUGACAUUUCAAGAUUUAAUUCAGACAUUUCUACUUGUGAUUGGCAUGGUAAUUGUGAUGGUGGCUAUGAUUCCUUGGACUGCGAUACCCCUGGCUCUCCUUGGCAUUGUUUUCUUCCUGCUUCAGCUCUGUUUCCUAAAUACAUCAGGAGGUGUCAAAUGCCUGAAAUGUGCAAAACAAAGCCCAGUAUUUUCCCACUUAGCAUCUUCUCUCCAAGGACUCCGGACCAUCCGGGCCUACAAAGCCGAACAAAAGUUUCAGAAACUGUUUGAGACGUGCCAGGACUUGCACUCAGAGAGCUGGUUCAUGCUUUUGACCAUGUCCCAAUGUUUUGCCAUGUGGCUGGAUAUUGUCUGUGCCUUCUUGGUCAUCGUUGUUGCCUUUGGGGCCCUGAUUCUGAAAGAACCUUGGACUCCUGGGCAGGUUGGCCUGGUACUCUCUCUUGCCCUCACACUCAUGAGGAUGUUCCAGUGGUGUGUCAGGCAAAGCACUGAAGUGGAAAACAUGAUGAUGUCAACAGAAAGGGUUAUUGAAUAUACAGAGCUGGAGAAAGAAGCACCCUGGGAACUUGACUUCCGUCCACCAGUAUACUGGCCCGACAACGGGGUGAUUGCCUUUAACAAUGUGAAUUUCAAGUACAGCCCAGACGGGCCUCUGGUAUUGAAUGACCUGACAGUAAGCAUUGAACCAAAAACAAAGGUUUGCAUCGUGGGAAAAACAGGAGCUGGAAAAAGUUCCCUCAUUGCUGCCCUUUUCAGAUUCUCAGACUUCCAAGGUACAAUUUCGAUUGAUAAAAUUUUGACAACCAGUAUUGGACUUCACGAUUUAAGGAAGAAAAUGUCAGCUGUAUCUCAGGAACCAGUUUUAUUCACUGGAACAAUGAAGACAAAUCUGGAUCCUUUUAAUGAUCAUAAGGAGGAGGAUCUAUGGAAUGCCUUAGAAGAGGUACAACUUAAAGAAACCAUCCAAGGUCUUCCUGGUAAAAUGGAUACUGAAUUAGCAGAAUUAGGAUCAAACUUGAGUGUUGGACAGAGACAACUAUUGUGCCUUGCCAGGGCUUUUCUCAGGAAAAAUCGGAUACUGAUUAUUGAUGAAGCCACAUCAAACGUGGAUCCAAGAACUGCUGAGUUAAUACAAAAAACAAUCCAUGAGACAUUUGUUCAAUGCUCUGUGCUAACCAUCACAAACAGACUGAGCAACGUAGUUGACAGUGACAAGAUAAUGGUCUUGGAUUCAGGGAAACUGGAAGAAUAUGAUAAGCCACAUGUUUUGCUGCUCAAUAAAAACAGCGUAUUUUACAAGAUGGUACAACAACUGGGCGAGGCCGAGACUGUUGCUCUCGCUGAAAGAGCAAAACAGGUGUACUUCAAAAGAAAAUAG